CAGCCCCGGCCCCGCCGCCCCCACCCCCCCCAACCGCGCCCCCGCCCGGCCCACGCCCAGAGGCCGCCCCGGAGGCCGCCGCCAGACGCCAGGUCUGAGCAAAAUUAAGCAGAAAGAGCUUCUACAGUCACAGCAGAUGAAGAUCCACUGGUAAAUCGAUCAGGAUUUUUGGCCUGCCCUCCAAAGAAAAGGCUACAGGUUUUCACAUCAGUUUGAAGUACCAGUAAUGAUAAGAAGACUUUAUUGAAAGUGCUUGAUGUGGUCUGCUACUGUUUCAAGUACUUCAGGAGCGGAAAGAAUGUCGGAGCGGGCCGCGGAUGACGUCAGGGGGGAGCCGCGCCGAGCGGCGGCGGCGGCGGCGGCGGGCGGAGCAGCGGCCGCGGCCGCCCGGCAGCAGCAGCAGCAGCAGCCUCCGCAGCCCCAGCGGCAGCCGCCGCCGCGGCGCCUACGGCCGGAGGACGGCGGCCCCGGCGCCGCCUCCACCUCGGCCGCCGCCGCAAUGGCGACCGUCGGGGAGCGCCGGCCCCUGCCCAGUCCCGAAGCGAUGCUGGGACAGUCGUGGAAUCUGUGGGUCGAGGCUUCCAAACUUCCUGGGAAGGACGGGACGGAAUUGGACGAAAGUUUCAAGGAGUUUGGGAAAAACCGCGAAGUCAUGGGGCUCUGUCGCGAAGACAUGCCAAUAUUUGGUCUCUGUCCAGCCCACGAUGAUUUCUACUUGGUGGUGUGUAACGACUGUAAUCAGGUUGUCAAACCGCAAGCAUUUCAAUCACAUCAUGAAAGAAGACAUAGCUCAUCCAGCCAGCCUUCUUUGGCCGUUCCUCCCACUUCAGUAUUUUCCUUCUUCCCUUCUCUGUCCAAAAGCAAAGGAGGCAGUGGAAGUGGAAGCAGCCGUUCUUCCAGUGGAGGGGUUCUAAGCUCCUCCUCAUUAAGCUCCAAGUUGUCGAAAUCGCCCAAAGAGAAACUGCAGCUCAGGGGGAACAGGCCAAUGCAUCCCAUUCAGCAAAAUAGAGUCCCCCAUGCUAGAAUCAUGCCGCCCUCUGUCAAAGUGGAAAAGGGUCAUCCGAAGAUGGAUGGCACACUACUGAAGUCUGCGGUGGGGCCACCCUGCCCUGCUGCUGUGAGUUCCUCAGUCAAGCCUGGCCUUAACUGCCCCUCAAUACCAAAGCCAACCUUGCCUUCACCUGGACACAUUCUGAAUGGCAAAGGGCUUCCUGCACCGCCUACUCUGGAAAAGAAGUCAGAAGAUAACUGCAAUAACAGGAAAUUUUUAAAUAAGAGAUUAUCAGAAAGAGAGUUUGAUCCUGACAUCCACUGUGGGGUCAUCGACCUCGACACCAAGAAGCCCUGCACCCGGUCUUUGACAUGCAAGACACAUUCCUUAACUCAGCGGAGGGCUGUCCAGGGUAGAAGAAAACGAUUCGAUGUGUUGUUAGCCGAGCACAAAAACAAAACCAGGGAAAAGGAAUCGAUUCGCCAUCCGGACUCUCAGCAACCAACGCAGCCUCUCAGGGACCCGCAUCCCACCCCUCCUAGAACUUCACAGGAGCCACACCAAAACUCUCACGGAGUGAUUCCUUCCGAAUCAAAGCCUUUCAUAGCUAGUAAACCUAAACCUCACACCCCCAGUCUUCCAAGGCCUCCAGGCGGCCCCGUUCAGCACAGUGGGAGUGCCCCCACUGACCCUCCUCCCGUCCGUGAAUCUCCACACCCUCCCCUGCCUGCCACUGAGCCAGCGUCUCGGUUAUCCAGCGAGGAGGGAGAAGGCGAUGACAGCGCAGAGCCUGCUGAAAAACUGGACUGUCAUUAUUCAGGUCGUCAUCCUCAGCCAGCAUCUUUUUGCACAUUCGGGAGCCGGCAGAUUGGAAGAGGCUAUUACGUGUUUGACUCCAGGUGGAACCGGCUUCGCUGCGCCCUCAACCUCAUGGUGGAGAAGCAUCUGAACGCGCAGCUGUGGAGGAAGAUCCCGCCAGUGCCCAGUACUGCGUUGCCCGUCUCCACACGUGUUCCUCACCGGACAAACUCUGUGCCGACAUCACACUGUGGGGUCAGCUACCUGGCGGCAGCCACCGUGUCCCCCUCCCCCGUCCCACUCUCAUCCUGCGUCUCCCCCAACAGCAAGUCGGUACCAGCUCAUGGAACCACGCUAAACGCACAGCCCGCCGCCUCCGGGGCCGUGGAUCCCGUGUGCAGUAUGCAGCCCAGACAGGUGUCCUCCUCCUCCUCCCCCUCCACGCCCUCCGGCCUGUCCUCCGUGCCCUCGUCCCCCAUGGCCAGGAAACCUCAGAAGUGGAAGUCCAGCAAGUCUUUAAGGCCCAAGGAGUCUUCUGGUAGCAGCACUAACUGUCACGACGCCAGUAGCGGCGCCGGCGGCGGCGUUGGCUCAGGAAAGAAACGCAAAAGCAGUUCCCCACUGUUAGUUCACUCGUCGUCCUCGUCCUCCUCCUCUUCUUCUCAUUCCAUGGAGUCUUUUAGGAAGAACUGCGUGGCUCACCCUGGGCCUCCCCCGCCCGCGGCGGCAGCCGCUCCGCACGUCGGCCUCAACUGCGUGGCCGGCAGAGCGACCUCGGGGAGCGGGCGGCCCGCGCCGCCAGGGCGGGGCGCCGGCGAGCCCAUCAGGAGGAUGAGCGUGAUGGUGAACAGUGGCGACUCCACGCUCUCCCUCGGCCCCUUCGUGCACCAGGCCGGCGAGCUGCCCGUCAGCCCCCACGGCGCCCACCCACACCCGCACGCUCCUCUGGACAAGCUCAUGGGAAAGAAAAGGAAGUGCUCACCCGGCUCGAGCAGCCUCAACCACAGCAGCAGCAAGCCCACCAAGCUCGCCAAGCUGCCGGCCCUGAACAACGUGCACGUGAAGCACGCGGGCCCCGGCCCAGGGGCGCCGGCACUGCCCAACGCUUCCCUCCUCCAUCAGCCAAAGGCACGUCCCUGACAGCUGAAAAUAGUACGGGGAGGAAUAAUCUGGACACUUUUGACGACAAGUUACACCUCCACUCAGCACUCUGGACUCCACGAUGCCUUUGAGUCUGUUUUCCCAACCUCCUGUGGGCCUCGAGGGUAGAAAUCUGCCGGGCUGUUGUUUUAACGAGGAUGUCCCUGAAGCUUUGUCUGUAGCAGUGAGUACUCGUAAAGGACACUGGAUCAAGUCCAGCCACCGAAUUGCUUUUAUCAGUGUUAGAGUGGUCUGGACUGCUUGCUACAAUCUGUGAGAAGUUCCUGUCUUGUUGAACCUGCAGUAUAUCCAGGAGCCACUCUUGGAGGAGGUUGGCUGGCGAGAGUGUCUUGGCAAGAGCGUGACUGUAGACUUUUCUCCCUCCCUCCUCUCCCCACCUGGUUCUUUCCCCGCCCUGUUGUCCGUAGGUCCCCCUCCAGCAGUCAGGCCCCUUAACUGGAGAUGCCUUCCAGGGGCGAGCAGGGCUGUACCCCGAGCAGCCCUCUGGAGAAGGGGGUCUGCCGCUAGGUUUUUAUAGUGGGUGCCAGGAAUGGAAUAUGGACUUAGUGCGAGGCACUGUGACAAAAGAGCCUGUGUUUUUGCCCAGCCUUUUGCAAGUAAUUCAGGAUCAGAAGCUGUCAGAAGUUUCUAAUGUACAAACUGGUUUAAAGCCAUUGAUGGCCAGAGAGCAAGUAUACACCAGUUUAGAGGCUUGCAUUUCAUGGUACAAAAGCAAUUCUGUGUGAUUUUUUUUUUUUUUUUUUU